AUGUCUGCAGAGAAGAACCCAACCGACACAACCGUGCCGGCCGACCAAGUUGCCGACCACGGUUCAGCCGCUGCCGCCGAUAGAGAUGUCAACGUCCCUCUCCCAGCGGGAUGGAAAUACAGGCAGCGUCGGAUUUUUGGCUUCAACAUCCCAUGGUAUGCCUCGCCCCAGACCCAGCUCAUCAUGGUGUCAUUCGUCUGCUUCUUGUGCCCCGGCAUGUUCAACGCUCUGGGUGGCAUGGGAGGAGGUGGCAAGACCGACGCAACCCUCGCCGACAACAUGAACACGGCGCUGUACAGUGCUUUUGCAGUCUUUGGUUUCUUCGGCGGCACCUUCAUCAACAAGCUUGGUGUCAAGUAUACCCUGGCCUUCGGAGGUAUUGGCUACUGCGUCUACGCCGCCAGCCUGCUCGCCUCGGUCCACGCCGAUGUCUCUGGCUUCAACAUCUUUGCCGGUGUUUUCCUGGGUAUCUGUGCAGGCCUCCUCUGGACGGCACAGGGCACCAUCAUGAUUUCCUAUCCCCAUGAACAUGAAAAGGGCCACUAUUUUGCCUGGUUCUGGGGCAUUUUCAACAUGGGUGCCGUCAUUGGUAGUUUGAUUCCUCUUGGCGAGAACAUCAACGUCAAGACUAAUGCGACCGUCACCGAUGGCACCUACAUUGGCUUCAUCGUUCUCAUGUUUUGCGGUGCCGUCCUCGCCCUCCUGCUUUGCAACGCCAAUGACAUUGUUCGAAAGGAUGGCAGUCGUGUCAUUUUGAAGAAGAACCCCAGCUGGCAGAGUGAGCUUCUUGGUCUUUGGGAAACACUCCGCUUUGAGCCGCUGGUUGUGCUCCUGUUCCCCAUGUUUUUCUCCUCCAACUGGUUCUACGUCUAUCAGCAGAACGCGGUCAACGGGGCGCGAUUCACGACGCGUACCAAGGCGCUAAACAGUCUCCUGUACUAUCUUGCGCAGAUUCUUGCUGCCUGGAUGACUGGUGUGCUCGUCGACGUCCAGGGCGUGCGCCGAUCCGUUCGUGCCAAGGCGACUUGGAUUGUUCUGGUCGUCUUCACCUUUGCUCUUUGGGGCGGAGGCUACGCCUACCAGAAGGACUACACGCGCGAGACGGUCAAUGUCGAGUUGAACCCGGACUAUGAGCCCACUGACUGGACUACACCUGGCUAUGUCGGUCCCAUGUUCUUGUACAUCUUCUACGGUUUCUACGAUGCGGUUUGGCAGGCAUGCAUUUACUGGUACAUGGGCGCUCUCUCCAACUCCGGUCGUCGCUUGGCCAACUACGUCGGCUUUUACAAGGGCAUACAGUCCGUUGGUGCAGCUGUCAUGAACAACUUGGAUGCUCGCAAGCUUUCGUUCAUGAGGGAAUUCAUCAGCAAUUGGGUCUUGCUCGGAGCCUCUCUCGUCAUCGCUGCUCCGGCCAUCUUCCUCAAGAUUUCCGACCACGUCGAGGUUGAGGACGAUCUUAAGGAUACCGACGAGACUGUGGAGGAUGUUCUUCCUGUUGGCCACCCUGAAAAGGUGGUGGUUUAA